UUUCCAUUGGCGCCAGGAAGAAAGCUCUGCAUUUUUGAGCUCCGAAAAGUUGCCGAUGAUUGGCGCGCAAAUUCGAUAUUUGCUAUUGACGAGGCUUUCACCCAAAUUUAUAUAUUGUUCGCCGGUUUGCAUUAACUUCGCGACUGAAAAUCAUGGCCGACACUGAAGCAAAGCCUGCGGCGACGGGCGCCAAGCAAGAUCGAGACAACAGAGAACACGGACGCAACGAUCGCGAUCGCCGCGACGGUCGAAGCGGUGGACAUCGUGGUGGUGGACGCGGCGGUGGACGCGGUGGAGGGCGAGGCAACAACCGUGGAGGUCGAGGCAGCCGUGGAGGCUCACGAGGUGGCAAUCGCAACUUCGACUCGAAACGUGACGACCGCAAGACCCGACACGAUGUUCCCAGCGACGACCCGGACGAAAUCCGCAACCAGGUCGAGUUCUACUUCUCUGACUCAAACCUGAGCAAAGACAAAUUCCUAUUUGAACAGUCUGGAGGACCGGAGAACAAACCCAUCCCCGUGGACACGAUUGCUUCCUUUUCGCUUAUGCGCCGCUUCCGCCCGAUCGAGGCCGUCAUCAACGCACUGAAGGAGAGUGACGUGUUAGACAUCUCAGAUUCGAACCAAAUCACGCGCAAGACCCCGCUUGUCACGCUAUCGAACGACUUCGAGGAGAACAAGAAGCUGUUAGUAGAGCGCGCGUUGCCCGUCACACUGUACGUCAAGGGGUUCCGCAUCGAUCAGGACUACAGAGACUCGCAGCGCAAGGUACAGGAAUUCUUCAAGCCAUAUGGCAUUGUUGAAGUCCGCCUUCGUCGUCUCGGCGAUGCGAACAAAUUAUUCAAGGGCUCUGUUUAUGCAGAGUUCCCCGAUGUAGAUUCUGCCGAGCAAUUCCGGGCCAAGAAGCACCACUUCGAGGGUAGGGACCUCGAAGUGCUAUUCAAAAAAGACUACAUCAAGCGCGAGGUGGACAUCAUCAUGUCCGAUUAUGAUGUCGCGGAUCUUGAAGAAGGCAAGCGAGAGGAUGCCAUUGCAGAGGGACGCAAGAUUCUUGAGCAGGAGUACAUGGAGCCUCAGGCGCCACUCGUCAAUGAUGCCAAGAGGAACGGUGCCCAGUCAGAGGAGACAGAUGCUGCCAAGAAGGACAUUCAGGAGCGUGUCGCGAAGGCGAAGGCGAAGUAUGUCGCGGCUCAGGACAAAUUGCGUGAAGAGCGACGUGCGCAGCGCGAGGCAGAGAAUGGCGCGCGCAACAAGGACAAGCGACGCGGCAAUGGUAACGACAACCAGAAGCGGCCUCGCGAAGACGACCAACAGGACAACGAGCCGGAGGCCAAGCGUCCUCGCGAAGACGAGGUUGCGGCUGAUCGCGAGACUGCAGCGGAGACGGAUGCAGCUGCCAUCAAGCCAGAGGAAUCUACCACCACCGCAGCUGCCGACGACGCCCAGCCCAAGUCUGAAGACGUCGCUGACGAGAGCGCGGACGCGAAAGUACCGGCAGCAGAGUGAAGCAGAUUCUUCAAACAAUCUACCUCUCGUGUCCCUUUUUAGGUCAAAUAAGCUCAUUGUUAUGACUCUCAAUCAGGCAGUGCCUACACGAAAUCACGGGGUUUCGCUCCAGAGGAAGCAGAGGGCCCUUCAAUACUGUUUGCAUAUUUCGAAUCGCGUAUCUGGGCGUGGCACAUCUGGGUUCAGGGCCUCAAUAAAUAUUGGAAUGCGUGCUGUGAGGCACGAAUUGAUUGUGCCCAUUGGGGUCUGCAACAUUACGAUUACGGAGCGGAAAAGCUUAUAAACUGCCAGCUGAUGAACACUACCCAUCGCUGAUGUGUAUCUCAUAGACCAUGCAACCAAAAAUAAUCAUUUUCAUGAAAAAGCCACUGCAUUCGCGAGU